AUGGACUUUCUCGCUCGCAGUAGUGCUUCGUUCAUUGAACUCGCUGCCAUACGGCCACAUUCGACGCGUGCAAGCAGCCAAGACCUCGAGCGCAAGAGACCGCGUAUUGAUGUCUGGGCGCCAGACCCCUUCAAAUUAUCUGACAAGGUUGUUGAUGAGGCUCAAGGCCAACCAUCAAAAGCCGUCAAGACAUUUUAUAAGCAGCAAAACGCCAAGAUUGAGAGUCUACUCAAGUCUGUGGACCAACAUCGUGCAUUAGCCGAUGAUGCAGAAGCAGCUUCGAAACUAUCGCAUCAAAUCGCCAUUUAUGGGUCUCUUGCCGGUAAUGUCGUGCUCGCCGGCUUGCAAUUGUACGCAGCUGCUAGCUCUGGCUCACUUUCGCUCUUCGCCACAAUGAUUGACUCUGCGUUUGAUCCAUUCUCCAACUUGAUUAUGCUCUACUGCCACAGAGCUGCGAAGAAGCACAACGUCUACAAAUGGCCAUCUGGCAAAGCGCGCAUGACAACAGUCGGCAAUAUCUGUUUCUGCUUCAUCAUGGCCACUGCCUCGAUUGUUUUGAUCGUCGAGUCGAUUCGUGACAUUAUUGAGCAUAUCGCCGACAAGGCAUCUGCUGAUACGGAGAAAUUGCAUCUUGCGAGUUUGAUUGUUGUGAAUUGUGCCUUUGCAACCAAACUCGCCCUCAUGCUCUACUGCUGGCGUCUCAAGGCCACCAACACACAGAUACAAAUCUUGUGGGAGGAUCACCGGAAUGACUUGUUCAUCAAUGGUCUGGGUAUCAUCACCUCUGUGCUUGGAUCAAAAGUCGUUUGGUGGUUGGAUCCUGCUGGUGCCAUGUUCUUGUCUCUAUGCAUCAUUGGAUCAUGGGGCAACACAGCCUUUCACGAGUUCAAGCUACUCGUUGGCAUCAGCGCUGGCCCUGACUUUCUUCAACUCGUGACCUAUACAUGCGUGACGCACCACCCAGACAUUAUCCAAGUAGACACCUGUCGCGCCUACCAUGCAGGCGAAGGGAUCAUCAUCGAAGCAGAUGUGAUCAUGCACGAGUCACGCACAUUGCGGGAGACGCAUGAUAUCAGUGAGGAUUUACAAAAUAAGCUGGAACGGCUGCCGGGUGUGGAGCGGGCCUAUGUGCAUACUGACUUUGAAGCGAGUCACUUGCCUGAGCAUCGGAAGAAUGUGUAG